ACCAGAGGAUUAUCACCCCGCCGCCGAUUGACACAUGAUCUGUUGGCUUAUUACGACAAGGUUACAAUUCCUGACGGUUCUCCACUGAAUCUAACACACACGCUACAACUGAAGCGGCUUGUUAACUUUGAAAACCAAGUUUUGUCUCUUGAAGGUUAUGUGUUAAUGCAAUGGCGGGAUGAUCAACUUAUUUGGGACCCAAUUAAGUAUGACAACAUCAGGAUAACCUGGAUACCAAGUCAUCUUCUUUGGAACCCUGACAUCGUACUGGAAAAUAAUGCCGAUCAAUUGAAAAAUAAGGCUUUAAGCGACAUCAACAUCGUAGUCUCUUUCGACGGUUUUAUAUUCUAUACUCCACCUGUGACGCUGAAAUCCUAUUGCAAUGUAGAAGAUACUGAUUUAAGUACUUACAGCGAGGUGAAAUGCACUUUGAAGUUCAUGUCAUGGACAUAUGACGGUCUUACCCUCAAUCUUGAGCCAGGUAGCGAAGAGAACAUUCUUGCAGACUUUGACGACAAUUUUAACCACAAAUGGAGUCUUAUAUCAGCAUCAGUGAAAAGAAACGAACGCUUUUACAAGUGUUGCCCAGAUACAUCAUACAUAGAUAUUGAAUAUAAUUUAGUAUUAAAGAGGCGUUAGAUAUUAUAAAUAUUUUUAACAUGGCUAUUUUUAUUCAAAUAUUUGUAAUAUUUAUCCUUUUUUUCAACUGUGUGUACAAAAUAAAAUGCAUCUUAUAUAAUA